UAAGCACGGAUAUUUCGCGUUUUACGAAGAAAAGAGAGAAUAUGAACCAAUAGAAUAAUUGCCAGAGAAGAAGGGAGAACGAGGAAGCAAAAGAAAAGUGGCGUGUUCUUCUCUCAAAUACUCUGCCGCCAUUUCUUCUUCUUUUCCUCAAUCUCACUCUUCUAUAUAUACAUACACAGAGCCACAUACAUAGAUUCAUAGCUCAAUCUCAGCCUCCUUUGCUCAAUCCAACGACCUAAUCAUAGAUUCUUGGAUGGUGAGGAAGGGAAUGCGUGUCGGGAAGUACGAGCUUGGGAGGACUCUUGGGGAAGGCAACUCUGCCAAAGUCAAACUCGCUACAGAUACCGUUUCAGGCCAAUCGUUCGCCGUCAAAAUCAUCGACAAAUCUAGUAUCAAACGCCUUAACGUCUCUUUUCAGAUUAAGAGAGAGAUCCGGACACUGAAAGUGUUAAAGCAUCCAAAUAUUGUCAGAUUACAUGAGGUCCUGGCUAGCAAAACCAAGAUCUACAUGGUCCUUGAAUGUGUCACUGGUGGAGACUUAUUUGACAGAAUUGUCUCCAAAGGGAAGCUUUCCGAAACAGAAGGAAGAACAUUGUUUCAGCAGUUGAUUGAUGGAGUCAGCUAUUGUCAUAACAAGGGAGUUUUCCACAGAGACCUCAAGCUAGAGAAUGUUCUUCUUGAUGCAAAAGGGCACAUUAAGAUCACCGAUUUUGGCAUUUGUGCUCUACCUCAGCAUUUUAGGGAAGAUGGGUUGCUACAUACAACCUGUGGAAGUCCAAACUAUGUCGCACCUGAGGUCCUAGCCAACAAGGGCUAUGAUGGUGCAGCAUCGGAUAUAUGGUCGUGUGGAGUGAUCUUGUAUGUUAUCCUUACGGGAUGUCUCCCUUUUGAUGAUGCAAACCUCGCGGUUCUUUUCCGUAAUAUAUUCAAAGGGGACCCUCCAAUACCUAGAUGGUUAUCACCCGGUGCUAAAACCAUGAUCAAGAGAAUGCUUGAUCCAAAUCCAAUUACGAGGAUGACAAUCGCAGGUAUUAAGGCCAAUGAUUGGUUCAAUCAUGACUACACUCCUUCCAAUAGCGACGAUGAAAAUGAUGCAUCUUCAUUCCAAGAAGAUGUAUCUGAAGAAGAGAAGAGCCCUGAUUUUCCAACCGUCAUCAACGCCUUUGAGUUGAUCGGAAUGUCAUCAUUUCUCGACCUCUCCGGUUUGUUUGAGACUGAGAAAGUAUCAGACCGGCAGAUAAGAUUCACAUCAAAUAGGUUAGGCAUAGAUGUAUUGGAGAAGAUCAAAACAACCCUUAUGGAGAUGGGUUUCUACGUACAGAAGAAACACACAAUGUUAAAAGCAAUCCAACAAGAGAGUAAUCGAAAAGGGCAAAGCGGGUUAUCAUUAACGGCAGAGGUUUUCGAGAUCAUCCCGUUGCUUAAUGUGGUCGAACUAAGAAAGACACAUGGUGAUUCAUUAUUAUAUGAACAGUUGUGCGACAGAUUAUCAAACGAAUUAAGCACAUCAUCUCAUGUUCAAAAGCUUUAAAAGGUAGACAGGAGCAGGAAACAAAUGUGAAACUAUUCCAAAUUUGCAUCCGGAAUGAUAGAGGAUUUAUGUAUAUAAAUUAUAUAUGAUAGAGGAUUUAUGUAUAUAAAUUAUAUAUGAUAGAGGAUUUAUGUAUAUAAAUUAUUUUUAAAAAUGUAUAUAAAUUAUAUAUUACCUUGUAUAAAAUUGGUACAUUAGCCAAAGCUGUAAAGUAUAUUCUUUUGUAAACAUUACAUUGUCCCCGAAUCUGUUCA